GGCCCCGAUCGGCUGAUUGAGAACGUGUGGUUAAUAUAUGAUGACCGAGGAUCGCCGGUUCACCAGCACUCACUCUUGCAAACUUUCUCCAUUUGUCCAUCUAGAUUUUCUCUGCUAAUCAGCCCAACCUCUAGUGAGUCGCGAAUAUUGUGAGCCAACCAUGGCGGAGAAGACGGUGGUUCUCUACCCCUCACUGGGCGUUGGGCAUUUGAACCCCAUGGUGCAGCUGGCCAAGGCCUUCCUCCGCCGCGGCGUGGCCGUCACCAUCGCCGUCGUCGACCCGCCGGGGAAGGACCCGGUGCUGGAAGCCGCGGUCGCGCGCCUCGCCAGCGCAUCCCCCUCCAUAACAGUCGGCCUCCUGCCCAUCAAGCCUGCGGGCACCAAUGAUCACUGCUCCAACCCAGCCUUGCGUAUGCUCGACGAGCUCCGCCUCGCGAGCCCUGUGCUCCGGGAGUUCCUCGUCUCGCUCCCUGCCGUCGACGCCAUCGUGGUCGACAUGUUCUGCAUCGACGCGCUCGACGUCGCCGCGGAGCUCGCCGUCCCCGCGUACAUGUUCUACGCGUCGGCCGCCGCCGACCUCGCGAUCUACCUCCAGGUUCCUGAUGUCUGCCGCGCGGCGCCUUCCUCGUUCAAGGACAUGGGAGACACGGCGCUGCCCUUCUCCGGCGUGCCGCCGGUACGCGCUCUGGACAUGCCGGACACCAUGGCAGACCGGGAGAGCGACCUAUGCAGGAGACGCGUGCAGCAGCUCGCGCGGAUGCCGGAAGCGAGAGGCAUUCUGGUGAACAGCUUCGAGUGGCUGGAGUCGAGGGCCGUGAAAGCGCUCCGUGAUGGCCUCUGCGCGUCCGGCGGCUGCUCCACGCCGCAAAUAUACUGCAUCGGGCCACUGGUCGACGGCGGCGUGAGCGGUGACAGCGGCGAGAGGCAUGCUUGCCUCGAGUGGCUGGACAGGCAGCCAAAGCAGAGCGUGGUGUUCCUCUGCUUCGGCAGCGGGGGCGUUUUCUCGGCGGCUCAGCUGAGAGAGAUGGCCGGCGGGCUAGAGAACUCCGGGCACCGGUUCCUGUGGGCCGUGCGUAGCCCGCGCGAUGAGCAGAGCCAGUCCGCCGAGCCGGACUUGGAGGCGUUGCUUCCCCAUGGUUUCUUGCAGAGAACCGGAGACAGGGGCUUGGUUCUCAAGGACUGGGCGCCACAGGCGGAGGUGCUGCGGCACGAGGCCGUGGGAGCGUUCGUGACGCACUGCGGGUGGAACUCGGCGCUGGAGGCGGUCAUGUCCGGCGUGCCGAUGAUCUGCUGGCCGCUGUACGCGGAGCAGAGGUUGAACAAGGUACACCUGGUGGAGGAGAUGAAGAUCGGGGUGGUGGUGGAGGGCUACGAGGAGUCGUUCGUGAAGGCCGAGGAGCUGCAAGCCAAGGUAAGGCUGGUAAUGGAGUCCGAGGAAGGGCGAAAGCUUCGAGAGAGGGCGGCCAUGGCGAGAGAUAUGGCUGCAGACGCCGUCAAGGAAGGCGGGUCAUCGGACGUGGCAUUUUACGCCUUCUUCAAGCAUGUGGAGAUGGACAAGCUCGAGGAGCGCCAAAUCCGGCCAAGCGAUAAACCUCCGAUGAUGUGACCUCUUUUCGUCGGAGAAGAUGGGAUGGGAGUGCAAGACGCAGUGAACUGGGAGGCGGCUGCUCGGGGCUUCUUUGGGAUUCCAUGGUGUGAUGCCCUGUCCUUGCCCCUUUCGCAAGAUUUGUACGGCGCAGGCGUUCAUGUCGAACUCGUAUUUUAGCUCUUCUGCAAGAGUCGUCCUUCAGUCAGUGAGACGUUGCAUUUUUUAUUGGCAAUAUGUGUAUACUUUCUGUGUAGUCUCAUAUGCUCGUCAAACUUCCUCAGUUUUUUUUAUGUAAACAAUAAGCUUUGAGAAACGAGAUGUACGUAAAA